UAUUAAGAAAUGUUAUCAAAAAUAUUUGAUGAUAUUAAAAUAUAUUUUCUGACAUUAUUUCAGAAUUACUAUGCGGACUAUUCAGCUAAGUUUAGAUGAAAGGAGGGAGGAACUUAAGAAAUACAGAGAAGAGAAUAGCAGGAGAAGUGAUGAGAUUAUUGAGCAUUGGGAGAACGGUGUUAGGGAUAACAUUGAUAGUAUUGGAGAUGAACAGUGGAUGGUUUUAGAACAGGUUUGUGUUGCUGCUAUGGAUAACUACAGACCUGAUAUUGUUGAUCAAACCCUAGUCCGUCUUCUCGACAAAUUCGGAGUUGACAGUCUUAGAGUUAGAAGGUUAUUUGCUAUGCAGCAUGAAAUGCGGGAGGAGUGGACUGAGGCUUUAGAGAUUCUGAACACCAUCAUUGAGGGUGACGAGUCGAAUAGUUCUGCAAGGAAGAGGAAGGUAGCGAUCUAUCGAGCCCAGGGAGACAACAGCAAGGCAAUCACAGAGCUGACAAAGUAUUUGAAGAUCUUCAUGUCAGACCAGGAGGCCUGGCAGGAACUCAUGGAUCUUUAUAUUUCGGAGCAAGAUUACCACAAAGCUUCGUUCUGUUGUGAAGAACUUCUUCUGCACAAUCCUCACAAUCAUCUUUACCAUACUCGUAAUGGGGAUAUUAGAUACACCAUCGGAGGGUUUGAGCAGCUAGAGAUAGCUAAACAGUUCUACUCCCAGGCUGUUAAGAUGGCGCCGUCAAGCAUGCGCGCACUCUACGGACUUAUUCUUACUUCCGGUCAGUUAGCUGCCAAUCCAAAAUGCCCGCAGCCGAAAAGAAAAGAGCAUGCUAAAGUUGCUUUCUGGACUAGUAAACAGAUAUCUGCAAGGUACGGUAAUGUAGGAAGUAACCGACACCGUGGUCUAGCCCUGAAACAGGACCGCGAGUUGCCGCUGGUCAUUGAAAAUAUGCUCAGCCAGCUGGAGAUAGCGAAGGCGGUUAUGUAACUCAGCCGAUCAAUCAAUAAAUAACUUUUUUUUUAAAUUGUGCCCCCUUGAUUCCAGGACAUAGAUUUUCAAUUAUUUAAAUUUUUUCCCUUUGCCAACAGUCUGACCUUUCUUAGCAAAACAAGCUAAAUUUUUUCCUUUGUCUUGUAUAGUCUGUUUGUAUUAAUAUAGCAGAUGUUAAUAUUUAUUUUCGCAUUUGGAUAAGCUCAUUUGCAUAUUCACAACAUUUUUGGGAUAUUGUGAUCGUAUGGUUUGUUUGUUUUGUAUGUUUUGUUAAAAUUUAAUUUGGGUAUUUAUUUAAUAAAAGUUUAGCUAA